CAGUGUGUGCUCCAUGUUAACUUCCGGCUCUGUUGACUUAGCAUGUCUGAUAUUUCUGAAAACAAGACUCGUCUUUUUUAAGUUUUCACUCCUCUUAUUAUCCUGGCGCUGGUCAUGAUCAGGACAGUGCUGCUGCGCAGGUUAACCUCCCACAUCCUGUCCUGUAGUAGAGGGUCAUGUCUACUCACAGGUCGAACACUUUAUGGUGUGCAGCCACAUUCGCCAGGUCACACGCCCAUCCAGCACAGCUUCCAUGGAGCCCUUAUACCCAGAAUCACAGCCCUGGUCAGAUAUUCGGACUUGUCCACAGAGAAGUACACCAUGAUUUACAAGCUGCCGCACAUUAAGAUCCUCAGAGCCGUGUCCAGGCUCAAACUGCUCCAAACUGCAAUCACCGGGGUCAUCCUUCCCCCAGUGUAUUUCUUCUACCUACAGGGAGAUGUCUCCUUCUUCCUUGUCAGCUACACAACAGGGAUAGCGCUGUUCGCUGGUGUCAUGCUGUACACUGCCAGUCACUUCCUCAGGAGGGUUGUGGGAAUAAUGUACCUGGACCCGUCCCAAACCACACUCAAAGUGUCCCACCUCACCUUCUGGGGCAGGCGUCAUGAUAUUUACCUGCCUGUGUCUGAUGUUAUGACCAUCGGGGAUACAGGGGACUCUUUAAAUGAGACUAUAUUGAAAUUGAAGAGAUACAGCAGUCCACAGACAAUGUAUUUCUCCACUCGUUUUGGACAUGUGGUGGACAGACAUGGUUUUGAGAAGGUGUUUGGAACUUUAAAAUGAUAGUUUGUUCAAAAUAUAUUGAUGAUUGGGACUGUGAUCAACAGGGAAAUCUCCUAAUUAUUAUUAUGGUCAAAAUAUAACUUGUCAUAAUGAGGAGGAUGUAGUCAUACAGUAGAAGACUGUUGCAGGUAUAAUAUGUGACUGAGAUGUGUCAGCUGUUAUUGGUCUGAUGUAUCCACAGUGAAUGACGAGCUAAUUAUUUUGUGAAGCUUUGUGAACAUUUGCAGGCGUCAGCAGGACUAUGGCCUUCAGGGUGGAACAAGACGCUGAUUUACCAGUGCAGUAAUAUUUUAAGAGAAUUCAGAUCACUUUUGUCUGGUAACCAAUGUCUAAAUGUGUGAAAAAGAAAAAACAAGUAAAAUAAAAUUCAAGUCAUCUUAUUA